AGUCAGGGAUUCGGUCUGCCGUGCCGACGAAGUGCUGGACCCGCGGCGGGCCAGUGCACCCCGGCCUGCGCGCGCAGAGGCUCCGGGUCCCCCAGGCCGAGGCGCCGGCGGCCGCGCGAGGCGGGUGGGUUGGGCAGAGGGAGGUUCGCUGGGCGCGCUGUGCGCGGAGCAGGCGUGAGGCGGCCGGGGGCCGGGACGCCAUGUCCAUGGAGGACCCCUUCUUUGUGGUGAAAGGAGAGGUACAGAAAGCAGUCAACACUGCACAGGGAUUGUUUCAGAGAUGGACAGAGCUCCUCCAGGACCCAUCCACAGCCACGAGGGAAGAAAUCGACUGGACCACCAACGAGCUGAGAAACAACCUCCGGAGCAUAGAGUGGGAUCUAGAGGACCUUGACGAAACCAUCAGCAUAGUCGAAGCAAAUCCUAGGAAAUUCAACCUCGAUGCAACCGAAUUGAGUAUAAGAAAAGCUUUCAUCACAAGUACUCGGCAAGUCGUCAGGGACAUGAAGGAUCAGAUGUCAACCUCAUCUGUGCAGGCAUUAGCUGAAAGGAAAAAUAGACAGGCCCUGCUAGGAGACAGUGGCGGACAGAACUGGAGCACUGGAACGAUGGAUAAAUAUGGGCGCCUUGACCGGGAGCUCCAGUUGGCCAACUCCCAUUUCAUCGAGGAGCAACAGGCGCAGCAGCAGCUGAUCGUGGAACAGCAGGAUGAGCAGUUGGAGCUGGUCUCUGGCAGCAUCGGGGUGCUGAAGAACAUGUCCCAGCGCAUCGGAGGGGAGCUGGAGGAGCAGGCAGUUAUGUUGGAUGAUUUCUCUCACGAGUUGGAGAGCACUCAGUCUCGGCUGGACAAUGUGAUGAAGAAACUUGCAAAAGUAUCUCACAUGACCAGUGGAAAGUUCACUGCUUUUCAACCAAGCCUGUGCAUAAAGAAAGAGUGUCAAGACGCGCUGAAGUUUGAUUAGGCAGUAACUGAACGCCCUCGCUCCACAGCCCUGCAGAGGCGAGACCUCCGCCUGCGGGCCCCCCGCCCCUCCCGCAGUGCUGGCUGCUUCCUGGGCAGAAAUCACCCAAGACGCCAUGCUUACUUUUUUGAAUGACCCCAAGAGAGACUAAUCUUGUCAUUCUCCUACCCUCAAAAAGUAUAUUUUGUGUGGAUACCAAGGUUUUCUUCCCCUCACUUUCCCAAAUUCUGUUGUUCAUCUUUUCUCUUUAGGGGAAGAGACUAUAUUGGGAGGGGGAAAAACCUGUGGAGUCCCCUUUGUUCCCCCUGACUUUUUGAGGCAGGUCCUGAGCUUGCAAAAAGCUGGUUAGGUCUAUUCACUUGGGGUCACAAAAGCCCUUGUGGUUAGUACCCGCUCCUUUUGGGGGGAAGUGUGCUAGGGUAACAGCUCCGUGGGGUUGCCCAGUUCGUGCUUCCUAGAAGCAACUUAACACUUCAGAGGAAAGUGCAUUUAAAAGAGCAUACCUGGGUUAUGCUAGCUUGUGUGAUGGCUGUCCUCCUUGAUGAAAACCCCUAUUUAGUGCAGCUGCAGAAGAGAAAGUGAGUGGAGAGGGGAGGCGGUUUGGGUAGAGGCUGACGGGAAGCUGGUUCAGUAUUGGAAAUCCAGGUCUGAGAUGGCAGGGUGCCUUGUCAGGAAGCAUUUACCUUGACUGUAUCAUCCUAGAAUAUAGACUAAUCAGUUUAAUGAGAGGGCUUUUAAAUUGUUGUAAACAUUUUAAAAUAGAUGAAAGAAUGCUAGGGACUUGAGUUUUCUGGACCAUUGAAGUGGUAGUUAAACAGAUUAAUACUAUUAUCUGGAGUAGGCCAGCCCUGCUUCCCCACGCCUUUUGGACUAGUCUUGUUUCAGAAAAGGAACAGAUGGACUUGAGGUCUUGACCCUAAUCCCCAGUUACUAAGUGAGUUGCUAGCAUGUGUGAUGGAGAGCAGGAUGAGCCACUAGGAAGGUACCUGCUUUACUUACUAUUGUUUCGUAGCAGUUCUAUUGGCCGGUUCUAAGACUUUGCUCUCCAUGACAUUUAAGUAUAACUUAAGUACAUGUUUUGUGGACUUGGCAUUGCUUUGUGGAAAGUUCUGCAGUGUAUUUUCUUAGAUUCAGACCUUUUUAUAAUGUGAUUCUCAAUAGCUCUGGUGUGCUAAAAUCUGCAGGCUUUCAAAUAAACUUUUGGUGAAUCAGUAUAUGUACCUUUGCAUUUCUACUUAAAUGGAACUCUUACUUCCAGCAGCUGAGCUGCAUUGUCACCGGCUUUAUCUCAGCCUGACCCUUUGUGCAAAACAGCAGGGCUCCUCUGUGGAGAGACGGCUUGCUCUUCCUACAUCUGCCCAAGUGAAGGGUGCAUCCUGACGACAGACAGCAUCCUGUGCCCCGAGCGUGGGCCCACAGAGUGUGCAAGGGUAUUCGUGUUGUGUAGUUUUCCCAGCAGCCCUGAGAGUUAGGGGGACGCAGUCAGGAUUGUGGGCGGGAGCCUGUGUGGGCCCUUCUGUCCCUCAGGGCCUCCUUGCUCUCCGCCAUUUAGAUGGAUUCUGGCUACAUUGUUUACUGCACCUGUUCUAAAUUGUGUGUAGGGCAGAAAGCUUCAGAAAAGACAUUCCACUUUCAUUUACAGAUAAGCUGUGUCAGUUACUUUUUAACACAGUUACUGGUUAAGUGAUCUUUCUUGCCCAGGGGUGGUGUGAAGUUCAUCACCCCGUGAUCACUGCAGCUUGCUUUUUCAGCUCACUGUUUCCUGAAGUGACCAGCAGUAGCUUUCAUCUCCUUUCUAUCCUUCCAUUGUGCUCAUUAAGAAAAGAACAUGAUUACUGUUUCGUUAAAUGAUUUGAUUUUGGUGGGAGAUUAAAGCAGACGAGCUUUGAUCUGUAAUACCAAUGCCAACACCUUUUCCAGGGAUGUGGUAGCAGAAAACUGUGAUCCAUGGAUUUUAAUUAGAGACUUGAGACACAAAGCAGGUACUUGUUACCAGGCUGGCUUUCAGCGGACGAGCAGGGUUGUGAAUGCAUGUGCAGUGCAGGCCGGGAAGAGCGGCGGUAAGAGUCCCAGGUGCCCGGGCCGGUUCAGGGCCUCUGCCCGUUCUGCCUGCAUGCAGGUGUUGCCUGAAGUUUCCUGUAACUGUAUCUUGGGGGCUGUCGAGCCCCGGGAGAGCUGAUCCUCGUGUCCUGCC